GGGCAUUCACAGUCCUGCACUUGGUUGUUUUUUUUACAAAGCAUCUGAAGUUUGCCAAUUAUCCGUGAUUUCUCUCAUGCAAGUUUUGUUUAUGACAAGAUCAUAAGGAGCAUGUGAUGUGCUAUACUGUCAUGCUAGUAAAUGAUCUCCCCUUCAGUACUAUACCUGCUUUCCUCAUACGCAUUGAUUUUGUACAAAUUCAUCGAUUUGUAAAGCUCCAUGUCCCUCAUUGGCCAGUUAAUCUGUAUGUUGUGAUUGGCCUGAAUACCUCUGACAUCAGCCGGAAAUGUGACGCUCCUUACCAUGUUUGAAAGAUUCGCUCACAAUGUAAUGCUAACAGGAGUUAACUUACAGGCUGAGCCUGAAGCAAUAGGAAUUAUGUUUAUGUCCAUUUUUUUACAUCACCAAUCCCAGGAAGUAAACUGUUGCCUACAAUCUGUGUGUUUGUUGUAGUCAAAGAAAAGAGAUUUACGUUGGAGACGAUAACUCGCGUCAGCAUUUACUUUGGGGUUUGAAUCUUUUGCAUAUCGUUAUCAUGUACUAAUACAUACUUUCACACCAAAGGAAAUAUAAUAUAUUGGAUCGGAUAAAUGGUGCUCUUUAACUAGAAACUGACAUUUACUAUAUGUAUAUACUUCACAUAUAUGCCCAUACGUGACAUUUUCCUCGGACUCGUCCUGGCCAGUACUACGAGUGUGUCCUCCAGAAGUCACAUUUGUAUAGUACAUAGUGUUAUACAAACCUAAACAUCAUAUCCCCCCCCAUACGCCACUGCCUAAAUUUAUAAUGUGCUGCUGAUUCUGUAUAUUAAAUUCAUUUUCUCAGAAUUUUUUCUUCAAGGGUAGACAGGAAGAGUAAAAGAUGAUUACUGCAUUGACCUGACAAUCUUAAGAGAGAGAGAGAGAGAGAGACAUAGAGAGUAUGUGCGUGUGUGCGUUUGUAGAGAGAAAAAUUGACUGAGGAUAAAGCUGCAGGAAGGAGUUAAGACAUUUAUCCACUCGUGUUUGAGCAGUGGACAAGAGUCUCAGAGCCGACAUGGAGAUGAACGGCAGUCAGGCGAACACUUCUCUCAAGUGCGAGCGCGACACGAGCAUCACCUCCAUCCUCUUCCCCUGCCUCUAUGCAGCUUUGUUUCUGUUUGCUAUUGUGCUGAACUCUCUGGCCGCCUGGAUCUUCUUCCAAAUUCGCAGCAGCUCAACGUUUAUCGUGUACCUGAAGAACGUGGUGGUUGCAGACCUGUUGAUGACCCUUACCUUGCCUGUGAAGGUUCUGACCGAUGCCGGGUUGGGCUCCUGGCAUCUCCGGGCCUUUUAUUGCCGUUACUCGGCGGUCCUCUUUUAUACCACCAUGUACAUCGGCAUCCUUCUGCUGGGACUCAUCAGCUUGGAUCGCUACCAAAAGAUUGUGCAUCCGUUCGGGAAGAGCUGUCUCCAGAAAGUCAGGGUGGGUCGGGUCCUCUGUGCGGUUAUCUGGGUGGUUAUGUUAUUGUUGGCUCUGCCCAAUGUUUUCCUGAGUAACCGCGUACCUCAGAUCCCGCCGGGCACUCUACUGCGGUGCACCAGAAUGAAGGGCGAGGUGGGACUCAUGUGGCAUGAAGGCUUUAACUACUUCUGCCAGGUGGUGUUUUGGGGCACGUUGUCACUCAUGGUCAUAUGCUACACAUUCAUCAGCAGAAAAGUGUUUGAGUCGUACCGAAGUUCACACAGCAACAGAGGAGCGGCCAGCAAUCAAACCACAUCCAAGGUGUUUGUUGUAGUGGGAGUUUUCUUCAUAAGCUUUGCUCCUUUCCACCUGGCCCGAAUCCCCUACACCCUCAGUCAAACCCGAAACACAUCUGCCCUGUGUUGGGCCAAAGACCAGCUGUAUUGGGCCAAAGAGAUCACACUCUGGAUGUCGUCCUCAAACGUGUGUCUGGAUCCUCUUAUUUAUGUUUUUCUGUGUCGAGUCUUCCGGAGAAAACUCACCGCCACACUGAGCCGUCGUCCCGAGCCACAUGGACUGAGCUCUGUGACCGAAUCAAGCACAAGGAGAGAGAGGCCCAUCCUGUCUCCUCCUGAUGUCAGUAAGGAUGUGUGUUGUCCAUAACAUCCUUCUCUUACUGUAUGUGCUUUCUGUACAUCAUAAGACUCAAAAUUAAAGUCAUAUAUUAUCAUUUAAUGACUCUACGUAAGAAACCUGUUCUUCUCAAGAAAGCAUCCUGCAAACACAGUGACUGUCACAGAACCUUACAAGAUGCAUCACAGAGAUGCUAAAAAAAGGUUAAAAACAAAACAUUGCUAAAGCCUUGAAUGUUCAUCAUUUUUUCUAAGACAAUAAAAUCUGUGAGGUUUGGUGAGAGGUCAGAACAGUGUCCGUCAUUCAUCGAAUGAACGUAGAAACCAGCAUACAUCUGAGCGAAAAGAUCCAUUUACACCAACGCUCAAGUGUGAUUCACGACCACUUCUGUCACACGAAUGAAUGGGUGUUGGUAAAUGUAAUGGCUGAACGAAAAUCGUAAUUUGAAUAUUACACCCAUUUAAACAAGCCUGCCCCCUAGAGUUUAGGUCUUGUAAUUUUUUAAUAAUAAGUUAUUAACAUAAUUACUAUUUAAUGUAUUUAAGGUUUUUUAUGAGCUGAACUCAACGAUCUAAAACUUUUUCUAUGUACACAAAAGGCCUAUUUCUCUCAAAUAAUGUUGGUUAUGGCACAGAUGUGCCUUAAGGCCGUUUCACAAGGUACGCGGCAACCGCGAGUGUUUAGUUCUUUUUCAAUAGGAGACGUGCGGAAAGCGGCAAAACGGGGGCGGUUACAGAGGUGAAGCGGAGUUGGUCCACACGCCUUGCUCGUGCACCCAAAAUCCUAUUCCUUCUCCAGACAUGGUACUUCAUGACAGGCGCCGUUGAAGAUAAACAUAUUUGCACUAAAUGCUGCACAAAACGCUUCCAAUACAAGAGAAAAGCUGAAGCCGCGCGACGAUUUUGCCGCUUACCGCGUACCGUGUGAAACGGCCAUUAGGCUGAAGACAAUAAAAGGCCAAUGAGUUUUAUCAUACAGCACAAUUAGACAACCAGAGAUGUCACAAGUUUUGAGGGAGCGUGCAAUUGGCAUGUUUACUGCAGGAAUGUCGACCAAAGUUGUUGCCAGUGAAUUGAAUGUUCAUUUCUCUACCAUAAGCCAAAUGAGUGCCAGUGAAUUCAAGUGAAAAUUAAGUGUAUGUACAGUACUGUAAAAUGUUGUACUGUGUACUGUCAUGACUCUCUUUCUGAAAAAAAAACCCCCACAUGAAUAAAGAAAACAUCUGUAGGAUAUUCUCGAAAAUGUAAUAAUGAUAGUCACAACAUUACAGCAUUUUAUGGGAACCUAAUUUUACAUACCGUAUUUGUGACAGGCAGAUUAAUGUUUGGUUUCUUAUCUAGAAAUGCAGCAGUUGUCUUCUCAUCCAGUAAUCGUCAAUGUCAUCCAGUUCCUGUGUGUGCGUGUGUGCGAGACAGUGUCCUCUACAGUUAUGAUACAUAUGAUAUACACACUUAGAACUGUGUUAAAAACAACACAUGCAGUGUUAGUUUAGGGACGACACACUAAAUGCUUUGUCCCAGAAUAAACACAUUAUGUGUUGUUAUUAUUGAAACUAUUUUUUAUUUUGUGUUAUUUUAACACAACUUCUGUUUUAUUUUCACACACAAUCAACACAAAAUGACAUACCUGUAAUGUGUUAAAAUGACACACAAUGCCUUAAAUAGCAUAACACAAAAAUGUGUUAAAAAAGGAACACAUCUUUUCUUAGAGUGUAUAACCCUUUAGAGUGUAUAACUGUUCAGUUUUUUUGUGUUUGAGCAUUUAAGCCCUGUUUGUUUUGUUGUUGUUUUUUUAUUGUGCACACUUUUUCGUAUUUUUUCAAUAUUGAAAAGGCAACAUUUCAUUUCAAUGAUGCAUGUUAAAAUACAUACCAGUACAUUUAAAGGAGCUGUAUGUAGUGUUUCUACUUAAACUAAUCACUUUUCAAUUGCCUGUGUGUGAAGGGGUUGUAAUCUCACAUUAAAAUGAUCCACUUUGUGGGUUUUGCUAUUACCUGUGAAAAUAAAUAUUAUUUUUAUGUGAAAGUACCGGGUCGGAUUUGUCCGAUUUUUAAAAGUCUUUAAACUCGUACAGUCUGACAUUGAUGGAAACUGAGAUCAUACAGUGUGACAUGGACUUAACUACGAUCUUGAUCGCACAGUGUAGCAAGCAACAAUCCUAAAGGACUAUUUAAAACAGCACAGUAUAUACCGGGCUUGCCUGUUAUACUAAUAUUGUUCAGUGUAGUUCACUUACCGUUUUCGUUAUCUUACCGUAAAUUUAUGUAACACCACAUUACAUAGGAUAAAUGCAGUCAAUUAAACGUUGCAGUGGGAGUUUACCUGAGUUUCCAGCAUGUUGUGUGGUGCUUUCUCCGGUGUGUUGCAUCUCAGUCUGGCCGUCCCUCAUGAGUUCGAGCACGCGCUUAUAAACUUAUUGGUUGCAAUCUGAAACAUCAGCGCUAGAGGCCACUGAAAACUACAUACAGCCCCUUUAAUAUUUUCUGAAAAUAAAAAAAUGUCAAAAUGAUGUUUCAUCUUUUUUUGCACAGAGGUCUAUUGAAAUGUUUGUCUAAUAAAAUGUGGUUUUGGGUCACUCUUGCCCAGACAAAUGUUGUCUUACAAUAAAGCAUCCA